CUUUUUGCAGUUUCGAUUGUACCCCUCUCAAAAACACCGACUUGAACCAAAAUCCACAUUUUAUCAUUACUAUGUCUGAACGCAGCACAGUCCAUGUCUCGGGUAUUGCGCCCACCACCACUGAGAAGGAAGUCCAGGACUUCUUCAGCUUCUGUGGAAAGAUUACCUUUAUCUCUGUAACUCCAAUUUCUGGCGAGCCAGAUGCUCCCAAGUCCGCAACGGUGACAUUUGAGAAGGAAGCAGCUGCCAAGACUGCCUUGCUUCUGGACCAGACCCAGCUAGGAAGCUCUGCCGUGCACGUCCAGGCCGCCCAGACUCUCGAUGACAUCGCCGGGUCCCACGCUGCAGCAGCAGGAGAAGCGAAGGAUGAGAACAGCCACGAGAUUGAUCAGGAAGACAAGCCCAAAUCUCGGAUUGUCGCCGAAUACCUUGCGCAUGGCUAUGUACUGAGCGACAACGCUAUCCAGAAGGCUAUUUCUCUCGAUCAGAAGCAUGGCUUCUCCAGCCGCUUCACCUCGGCCCUUUCCAACUUUGACCAGAAGUACCAUGCCACGGACCGCGCCAGAGGAAUCGAUGAAAGCUAUAAGAUUAGCGACAAGGCUGCCUCUGGUUGGCGUGGACUCCACUCCUACUUCGAAAAGGCUCUUGGUACGCCAUCGGGUCGGAAGCUUCGUGACUUCUACUCCCAGACAGAUAAGCAGGUGCGGGACAUCCACGCUGAGGCCAGACGCCUGGCAGAUUUGAAGGCCGGAAAGACCACUCAGGAGGGUGGGGCCCCAGCUGCCAGCGGUGCAGAGGCCACUGGCGCCAUUCCCGCUGCUGCAGCACCUGCGGCGACUCAGCCUGCCGGAACUGCCGCGCCAGCAGAGCCCAAGGCAUAAGGAUAAGGAUAUACGGAAAUUAAAUUGGGAUGGUGUCUGAUUUAAAUCUACUGUUGUUGUUUUUUUGUGUUCUGGCGUGCACGUUUGAACAAGCCGUCUGGGACAGGCUUUUGUGAAAAUAGCUGCUAUUCUAAUCAGUUGUUCUUUGAAUACCACUGUGUUUAGUACCCACCUGCAGAAUGGCAAUUACCCGAUCUACCAAAAUUACAUAUAUCUACACAUAAUCACUAAGUCUACAAGUAAAAUAUCCAUCCACAGCCACAACAUAAUGACAUAUCAUGCGAUAGCAACC